AUGCCGUCUGAGGUUGAAGGUGAGGUUAGUAAAAAUGAUGAUGAUGAUGAGAUUGAGGUUACUGGAGAGUCCAAGAAUGCUACAGAGAAGGAAUUGGAGAUAACCCAAAAAGUUGUUCCCAUGCCUAGACCUCUACCUCCAUUGCCACAGAGGUUAGUGAAGAAGACGGAAGAGGGGAAAUACCGCAGGUUUAUUAGUAUGUUGAAGCAUAUUUCCAUCAAUGUUCCAUUGAUAGAAGCUUUGGAGCAAAUACCUGGGUAUGUGAAGUUUAUGAAAGAUUUGAAAAAAGAGGAUCCUGGUGCCUUAAUUAUUCCAUGUACUAUCUGGUUGUUGCAUUUUGCUAAGGCGUUGUGUGAUCUGGGUGCUAGCAUUAAUCUGAUGCCUUUGCCUAUUCACAAGAAGUUGGGUUUAGGAGAUCCAAAACCGACUGCGAUGCGAUUGCUCAUGGCCGAUAGAACUGUGAAAAGGCCCAUUGGUGUGCUCCAAGACGUAUUAGUGAAUGAGGAGUUUUUUAUCUUUUCGGUGGAUUUUCUGAUACUUGAUUAUGAGGUUGAUUUUGAGGUUCCCAUUAUCCUUGGGAGACCAUUCCUUUCCACUGGGCGUGCCUUGGUCGAUAUGGAGAAAGGGCAGAUGAAGUUCCAAUUGAAUAAUGAACAGGUUAGUUUCAACAUUUGCAGAUCCAUGAAGCAGAGUAGUGAGCUCAAGUAUGUAUCAGUGGUUAAUCAUAAUGUAGAGAGUGGUUCUGAGGUGCCUAUUGAAGAGAGGUUGGGUGUUGAUGCACUAGCAGCGGUAAAGAAGUAA